AUGUCCAACAGCAGUUCCAUCAGGCAGUUCCUCCUCCUGGCAUUUGCAGACAGGCGGGAGCUGCAGCUCUUGCACUUCUGGCUCUGCCUGGGCAUCUACCUGGCUGCCCUCCUGGGCAACGGCCUCAUCAUCACCACCAUUGCCUGUGACCACCACCUCCACACCCCCAUGUACUUCUUCCUCCUCAACCUCUCCCUCCUCGACCUGGGAUCCAUCUCCACCACUCUGCCCAAAGCCAUGGCCAAUUCCCUCUGGGACAACACGGACAUCUCCUACAAGGGAUGGUCUGCACAGCUCUUCUUCUUUGCCUUUUUCAUUGAAGCCGAAUUCUCUUUCCUGACCCUUAUGUCCUAUGACCGCUACGUGGCCAUCUGCAAACCCCUGCACUACGGGACCCUGCUGGGCAGCAGAGCUUGUGUCCACAUGGCAGCAGCUGCCUGGGGCUCUGGGUUUCUCACUGCUCUGCUGCUCACAGCCAAUACAUUUUCCCUGCCCCUCUGCCAGGGCAAUGCCCUGGAUCAGUUCUUCUGUGAAAUCCCCCAGAUCCUCAAGCUCUCCUGCUCACACUCCUACCUCAGGGAACUUGGCCUUAUUGUAGUCAGUGCCUGUUUAUCAUUUGGCUGUUUUGUUUUUAUUGUGGUGUCCUAUAUGGAGAUCUUCAGAGCUGUGCUGAGGAUCCCUUCUAAGCAGGGAAGGCACAAAGCCUUUUCCACGUGCCUCCCUCACCUGGCCGUGAUCUCCCUGUUCAUCAGCACUGGCGUCUUUGCCCACCUGAAGCCCCCCUCCAUCUCCUCCCUAUCUCUGGACCUGGUGGUGUCAUUUCUAUACUCAGUGGUUCCUCCAGCAGUGAACCCCCUCAUCUACAGCAUGAGGAACCAGGAGUUCAUGGGUUCUCUGAGGAAAUGUUUAGGUUUUUUCAGUAGACAUAGGCUUCCUCAUGUCUCUUCAAUUGACUCGCAUCCUCAGAUGUCUAACAGCAGCUCCAUCAGGCAGUUCCUCCUCCUGGCAUUUGCAGACAGGCGGGAGCUGCAGCUCUUGCACUUCUGGCUCUUCCUGGGCAUCUACCUGGCUGCCCUCCUGGGCAACGCCCUCAUCAUCACCACCAUCGCCUGUGACCACCACCUCCACACCCCCAUGUACUUCUUCCUCCUCAACCUCUCCCUCCUCGACCUGGGAUCCAUCUCCACCACUCUGCCCAAAGCCGUGGCCAAUUCCCUCUGGGACAACAAGGACAUCUCCUACAGAGGAUGUGCUGCACAGACCUUUUUCUUUCUCUUUUUCAUUGGUGGGGAGUUUUAUCUCCUGACCAUCAUGUCCUACGACCGCUACGUGGCCAUCUGCAAACCCCUGCACUACGGGACCCUCCUGGGCAGCAGAGCUUGUGUCCACAUGGCAGGAGCUGCCUGGGGCACUGGGUUUCUCACUGCUCUGCUGCACACAGCCAAUACAUUUUCCCUGCCCCUCUGCCAGGGCAAUGCCCUGGACCAGUUCUUCUGUGAAAUCCCCCAGAUCCUCAAGCUCUCCUGCUCACACUCCUACCUCAGGGAACUUGGGCUUCUUGUGGUCAGUGCCAGUUUGGCAUUUGGCUGUUUUGUUUUCAUGGUGGUGUCCUAUGUGGAGAUCUUCAGGGCUGUGCUGAGGAUCCCCUCUGAGCAGGGAAGGCACAAAGCCUUUUCCACGUGCCUCCCUCACCUGGCUGUGGUCUCCCUGUUCGUCAGCACUGGCGUCUUUGCCCACCUGAAGCCCCCCUCCAUAUCCUCCCCAUCUCUGGACCUGGUCGUGGCAGUUCUGUACUCGGUGGUUCCUCCAGCAGUGAACCCCCUCAUCUACAGCAUGAGGAACCAGGAGCUCAAGGGUGCUUUGUGUAAACUGAUGACAGGAUUGAUUCAUAAGUAA